AUGACCCUAAAAGUAGUGGAUAUGCCAAAGAACAAGGAAAUUGAUUACCUGUUGCUUGCUCCUACGAAUGUUGCAGCCCAGAAUGUUGGUUGGAAGACUAUCCACUCAGCAUUUAAAACAAACAACAAUCACUAUCAAGCCUUGUCCAUAGAGACAGAAUCAUCAAUGCAAGCUUUGUUGCAAAUAAAAGUCAUCAGCCAAGAUAUAAGUGAUAAUGAAAUAGCAAAAAGUCAUGCAAGAUAUUUGGUAGGAGGUAGAAGUAUUGUUGAAAAUGAAAGAUUAUUUAGAUUUGAAUUCCCUGAAAGACCUGGAGCAUUAAAAAAAUUCUUGACUGGAUUGAAAUCAAGUUGGAAUAUAUCAUUAUUUCAUUAUCGUAAUCAUGAUAUAGGAAAAGUGUUGGUUGGCAUACAAGUUCCAUUACAAGACUAUGAAGCAUUUGAAAAAUUUAAAAAUAAACUUGGUUAUCAUUGUGUAGAAGAAACAGAUAAUUUAAUCCCUGAAGAAUUAGAAGAAGGUCGUGAUGGCCUUACAGUUAUAACACCUAAAAGGUUGAAGCGGAUCACUGAGUUUAUGGUAGAUAGCAAGAUUACCCUUUUGCGCAGUCCUCCAUCAUCAGGAAAAAAAAUAUUAGAAAAAACAAAUCUUUCUGAAAAAACAAAAACCAUGCCUGUUUACAAGAAAAAAUGUAUAAACACGUCGCAAGAACUUGAGUUAUUUGAUUCCGAAGAACAAAAAGAACAGCAAGUCUGGUUGAUUCCCUAUACUGGACAAAUAUUUUUAGAUUAUAGGUAA